CUUAUUUGUACCUCCUGGAAGAUAUCAACGGGUUAACUUCGUAGUACCGUUGGUCUUCUACACAUUCGUUAAAAUGUUAGUUCAAAAUGAGAUUCAUUCGUUGCGACGUAAAAGAGCAUUACUCCAGUCUCGCUGUAGAAGGCUGGAAAAUCGGCUUGCCACAGCAAACUCUUCUGGAGCACAUGAGGAGGCAUCUACUGCACCACGUAGUAUUACAAUGCACGAUAAUGUAGAGGAUCAGGACAUAUCUAAAGAAGAACCACCUACAAAUCGGCCUAGGGUCAGCACCGACGGCCGUUUUUUAAGGGCUACUCUGCUAGGUCACCUCCAGAAGGCACAGCGUGAUUUGGCAUCGGAACGUGAUAAUCCGGAGACUCAGCGUAGAAUGGCUGCACUGGAACAUGUAGAUGCUAAGGUUGCCAACCAGGAGCGCCAACGUAUGGAAGCCGUUAUGGAAGAGAUGAAUCAGAAACUAACUGAUACAAAGAACCUUUUAUCUACGGUAGAGGAGGAACUAUCCCAGAAGCAGUCCCAACUAAUGGGAUCGGUAUUGACCAAUCACUACAGCCAUAUGGCCAAAUUCAUCGCCACUAAGACGCAACCGACUCUUUGGUGGAUGCCAGGAAAGGAGUCUGAAGCUUUAGAGCCGUUGCGACGUUCGACCUCCCAAUUCGUUGGUCACAAGCUUGAGGACAUUAAAACGCGUCUGGGACAGUGCUAGUCUAAUUUGUAGAUUAUAUCU